AAAACGCUAAACCUUGAAACAAAAUCGAAACUAAAGAAUACAGAUAUUCAGCAAAUAGCACGCUGGCUUUGAAACAAAAUAACAAGAGUAGAGAGUAAAGCCAUGGCGCUAUCGAAGCGUCCCCUCACCAAGGACACCCCCCUGGUGGAGAGCAACAUGAACACCAAUAAUUCCGGUAGUAAUACCCAUGGCGGCGGUACUGGCACCUCUGAUCACGAGACAUCCAUCAAGCGACGCAAGCGUUGCAGUCGCGACGAAGAAUCUAACAAUAAUAACAACAACAACAACAAUAAUAAUAUGAAUAAUAACAACAACAAUACCAACAGCAAUAAUAAUAAUUUACCGCAAAAGAAGAGGAAACAGGGUCAUAUAACCGAUAGUCCCGAUAGCCCCAUGUCGGGGGGACUGCUGCCGAAUCCCAAUGCCCAGGCGGAUCAGGACGAUGAGACCCUGAUACGGGAAACGCAGGCGGCCCUGAAGAGCCUGUCGGGCAGCUGGCCGGACUCGGGUCGCGGGAAUCUGUACAGAUUGCAGGAGCAGGACGAGAAUCCGCCUCCCUUCCAGAACCUGUUCGAGGAGAAGCAAAAGUACGAACUCAACUCGGCCAGCACAAGUCCCAACUUUUCCCGGUUCCACCGACAGAAGGAGAACGAUCAGGCCCGUCUCAAUGCCAGUGUCGGUCUGGAGCGGAAUCGCAAGCCAGUCGCCGGAAUCGCUGCCUCUGGCCUCAGUCUCAGUCCCGAGGAGCAGGACCUCGAGGACUCCUCCAUAUCCAGCGGAGGCUACGCCCAGGCGGCCUCUGCCUUCAAGCCUCCCAUUGAUAUUAUCAAGAGGAACUAUUAUUACUCUGCUGCGGCGGAAUCUGCCGCCGGAUUGGCUUACUACGGCUAUGCAGCAGCUGCAGCGGCAAGUCAGCAACAACAACAACAACAGCAGCAUCAGCAUCAGCAGCAACAACAACAGCACCAGCAACAAAUGCAACAGCAACAACAACAGCUGGCCAGUCUUGAGGCCACGCCCCGCAAUACCGCCUUCGAUAUUGCCAGUCAGCUGGGCGAGAAGCCACGUACACCCGGAAAAGAACCCCUCGCCGAUGGCAAGCAGUAUACCAUAUUGCAACCGGCGGGUGUGGGCAGUCGGGCGGCAUCCGUAAUGCAGGACAUUGCCUCCAGGGAGGGCGGUGUUGUGGGCGUGCCCCUUGUAUCAACGCCACCCACAACGGCGGCCAACAGUCCGGCGGGGCCACCCACAACUCCGGUACCGGCACCGGCGCCCAGUUAUUCGCCCGGCAGCCAAAAUCGUGAUGGCGCCAAAUGCCCCACACCACACUGCACGGGCCAAGGACAUGUCACUGGAUUGUAUUCGCACCAUCGCAGUUUAUCGGGUUGUCCGAAGCGCGAUAAAGUCACCACAGAAUUGCUGGCUUUGCACGAGCAGAUCCUGAAAUGCCCCACGCCGGGCUGCAACGGUCGUGGCCACGUGCAGCCGCACCGCAGCGUGCACCGUAGCCUCUCCGGCUGUCCGCGUGCCGUAAGGCGUUCCGGCGGAAGACUGCGUAGCGUCGUAACCGUGAACCACACAGCCGAUCUGGAGAACAAGCAUGACAAGGAGCUCCAUCCGCUGGACAAACUCAAGCUGGCCUCCAGUCAUUAUCUCAACAACAACAACAACAAUUGCAUCAACAACAACAACAAUAGCACCUCCAGUAGUGCUGCCAGUGGCGGGAGCCACAAACUGAACUCUGCCCCGACAACGACAAUGCCGAUUAUUAAGUCGGAAUACAGUCCCGUUGCCAGCAUCAAGUCGGAGUACAACAAAAGUCCCAUGCACUCGUAUCUUUCCAGUGGCGACACGGCCGCCACCACGCCCACCGCACCCUCUGCCUCGGUGGCCGGUGGCGGGGGUGGCGCCUCCGGUCGAGGCUCCUCCGGCUCGGCCAACGGCGCCGCUUCGGUGUCAGCCGCCUCGGCCGGUCCCGAGAAUAAUCUGCACGCCCCACAUCUCAGUCGAUUCGUGGGUCUCCAGAGUCCACCCGAAUCCCAUCUCAAUCCACAUCUUGCCAACCACCAGCAGCAGCAGCAACAGCAACAACAACAACAGCAGCAACACACGCUGCACCAGCAACGCGGUCCGUUCAUAGAGGGUAACGAUGUGCCCGAUCCGACGGCCAGUUACCACUCGGAGCACCAGCAGCAGCAGCAGGCGGACGAGCGGCAGCAGUACGAGCAGAUGCGCUACGCCCAGAGCCACGAGCUGAUGGCGCCCAACGGUGUUACCGGCGUGGCCGGAGAACUGUCACCGGGCACGGCGAGAAGUGCCUACGAGGCGCAUCCCGGCCAUCCGGGUCACCCGGGCCAUCCAGGACAUCCCGGCCACCCGCAUCCCAUACCCAGUUCCCCGGCCUUUGCCGUGGAUGCGGUCACGGCGGUGGGUUACGAUCCCAGCGGCGUCUGCUGUCCCAGCAACGGACAGAGACCGACGGCGGCCACAGCCGGAGGACCCGGCGCGGGAGCGGGCACCGGAGCCAGUUCGGUGAGUGCCUCGGCAGCGGCGGCGGCCUACCACUACCUGCCACAGACCACUGCCGAUGCGGAGAUGCAGGUGCAGCAGCAGAAGUAUCUGCAGGAGCAGCAACUGAUGCUGGCCAAGGCCGAGCACGAGGAGCAGCUGGCCAACGGAGGACAGCCCCUGUACCCGCGGCCGAUGUAUCACUAUGACCCCACUAUGGGUCCCCUGCCGCCGGGCUUCUCGGCCAUCAACCUGUCCGUAAAAAUGGCCGCCGCCCAGGCAGCCGCUGCUGCAGCAGCCUACCAAAACCAGCAACAACAACAACAGCAGCAGCAACAACAACAACAACAGCAGCAACAUCAUCAGCAACAACAACAGCAUGGAAAGCAAAGCACCUCACCGGCACCGCCGAACGUUGGGGGUGUGCCGGCGGUGGAUCUGAGUGGAUCCACAUCGGUCACCAGCAGCAGUCCGCAUCAUGGUUUCAACUCGCCAGCCUCCCACAACCAGUACACCGCCCAGCGGAUGGGGAACGGCAGCCCGCAGCCGGGCGCCAGUCCGAACAUCGCCAGUCCCCAGGUGCCCAGUCCCCAGGGACAGACGCUGGAUCUCAGCGUUACCAGACUGCCACACAGUAUUAUUACCAGUCCCCAGUACGGUGCGGAUGGUUUAGUGGUUGGCGUCGGUGUCGGUCACGCCCAGGGCUUUGGAAGUGGAGCGACCGGACCUCUGGGACCUGGUAACGGUGGUCCGCCGCGUUCGCCCCAAAUGGAGCCAGUGGACUUCAGUGGACCGCCCCGACCCCUGGGCUUCGGUCUGGUGGGUCACAUAAGCGGACCCCGGCCAUAUAGCCGGGAAUCGACGCCGGAUAGCGGUGGUUCGCACUACAUCGAGACUUACAGGGAUCCUAGUGGCUACUCCCCGCAUCCUGGGUAUGGCAUGGUGGUGCAGUCGGACUACCCACCCGCUGGCUAUCACGGCUAUGGACCAGCCGCCUAUCAAUGCAGCAAUCCCUAUGCCACGGCCGUCGGUCCUGGUGGCUAUCCCACGCCCGUUUCCGGCGGCUACUCCCCCAGCCCCGCCACCUGCUACUCGAUGCCACCGCCACAGCACAUACCGCAGCACGACAAGACCAAGGAUGGAUUGACGGGCUGUUCGCGUUCGGACCGCAACCAUUUGCAGUCGCACUCGCAGGAACUGAAGUGCCCCACGCCCGGAUGCGAUGGCUCCGGCCACGUGACCGGCAACUACUCCUCGCACCGCAGCCUCUCCGGCUGUCCCAGGGCCAACAAGCCCAAGAGCAAGCCCCGCGAUGGCCAGGACUCGGAGCCGUUGCGCUGCCCGAUACCAGGAUGCGAUGGCUCCGGCCACUCCACCGGCAAGUUCCUUUCCCACAGAAGUGCUUCGGGCUGCCCGAUUGCCAAUCGCAACAAAAUGCGAGUCCUGGAAGCCGGCGGCACUGUGGAGCAACACAAGGCCGCUGUGGCAGCCGCCACGGCCAUGAAAUUCGAUGCCUGCACUACGGUGGGUAGCCAAGGCAUCAAGAAACCAAAGUUCGACGAGGUCACAAUGGUCUAUCCCAAGGGCUAUACAGGCGGCAGCGGACUGGACAUCGUGAUGGGCGGCGGCGUGGGUCUGGGCCUCGGUCUCGGGGUCACCAGCAGUAGCAGCAGCAACAGCAGCUCCACCAACAACACCACCACCGGCCCCGAAAAGAGUGUGACCGGGAGUGCCGCAGGCGGUGGUGUUACCUCCGCCCCGGUCGGCGCCACUGGCAGCGAUGACCUGAACACCUUGGAGGCCGAGAUCUCCGAGCUGCAGCGGGAGAACGCCCGCGUGGAGUCACAGAUGAUGCGUCUGAAGUCCGACAUCAACGCCAUGGAAUCGCAGCUGAGCACCAGCGAUCGGGAGGCUUCUCCACUGAGUGCCCAUCAGCAGCAACAACAACAACAGCAACAACAACAACAACAGAGAACUAUGACCUCGCCUAGCGGUCAGUCGCCAUUCGCCAGUGUUAGUUCCACUAGCGGUGGUGCUGCCACAAAUAACGGUAAUCCCAACAAUAAUGCCAACGAUCUCGGUCACUCGAUCAGUAAUCUUGCCCCAAGCUCCACCGGCAAUAACAACAACAACAAUAGCAAUAACAAUAACAACAACAAUACCGAUCAUAAUGGCACAAAUCCUGCUAACAGUAAUCUGAAUAAUUACUACGAGAGCUUGAGGAAUAAUGUGAUUACAUUGCUGGAGCAUGUGCGUCUGCCGCCGCCACCCCCACCCCCGGCCGGAUCAUCCUCCACGGCACCGGGAGCGCCACCACCGCCAACAGCCACAUCGGUGUCGGCGGCCAGCAGCUCGACUGGCGGUCUGGAGGGAUGCACCAGUCAGCUGGGCGGUGUGGUCACUGGCGUGGCGGAGCAUGCGGCCGCCUACUCCACCCUGCUGCCACCGCCUCCACCCCCGACCUCGGUUGGCCAGCAAGGCGGAGGCGGGGGCAAUGGCAAUAUGUAUGUGGGCAACCAUCAGACGGGACAGCCCGUACCGCCGGUGCCCACCCAUCAUCAUCAUCAUCCGUAUACCGUUCAUCAUCCGGUCAGCUACGGGCAUCCGCACACCCAUCCGCACGCCCAUCCGCACGCUCAUCCGCAUCCGCACGAGCACUUCGACUCGUACAUCUCGAAGCUGCAGUCGCUGUGCGUGCCGCCCGACGUCUAUGCCCUGCCCGGCGAUGAUGCGGAGAGGCCAGUCUACAACUCGGUGAAGCCGAGCAUGCACCAGGACUACGGCAAGCUAAUGCCCACACCCAUCUAGAGAGAGGGAGGCUCCCAUCCGUACCACCACCACCACCCACCCGUCCAUGGGCUCGAAACAAAAAAGGAAUAAGGAUGUAAAUAGUAAAAAAAAUUAAAA